AUGAUAUCUCCAAUAUGUCUUCAAAUACGUUCAUAUAUCCCAACAUAUCUAUCUAGGAGUAUAAGAAGACAUAUAACUUCAACUAUGUUGAAACCUUUAAUUAAGUUCUAUAUAAGAACUCCUCUUAAUUUUUUUUCAUCUAAUAAAUCAAAAUCAUUUUCUAACCCAUAUAAAGUUUUGGGAAUAUCUAAAACAGCAUCCACUAAUGAAAUAAAAAAGAAAUUUCGAGAAUUAGCAAAGAAAUUUCAUCCUGAUAUAAAUCCAACUCCUGAAGCUAAAAAUAAAAUGGCAGAAAUUACAAGUGCAUAUGAACUUUUAUGUGAUCCAAAAAAACGUUCAUUUUUUGAUACUACUGGUUAUUUACCAGAUGAUCCAGCUGCUGCUUCAGCAUGGUCUCAACAACAAUCUGGAAUUAAUGGAUUUAAUAGUAGAAUGUGGUCUUUUACAGAUUUUACAGAUAUUUUGGGGAAUAUGGCAGAUAAUUCAACAGAUAAUAUUCACUUUAGUUCUGUAUUUGGUACUAAACAAUUUCGUGGAGAUAAUAUUUAUAUUGAUUUACCAAUAAAUCUGAUGGAAUCUAUUAAUGGAGUCUCUAAAACAAUAGAUUUAAAAGCAAAAUGUAAUUGUAAAAAUUGUAAUGGUAGUGGGUCUGAUCAUGGUAAAUUAGUAUCAACAUGUAAAAAUUGUAAUGGAACAGGUACCAAAGAUUUUGAAAGGGGUUCAUUUGUAUUUAAAAUUCAUUGUCAAGAAUGUAAUGGAUAUGGUAAUAUAAUUACACACCCUUGUAAAGAAUGUGAUGGGACAGGAGUUCAAUUUCAAACAAAAAAAGUACAAAUAGAUAUUCCUAAGGGUAUACGUCAUGGAAUGGAAUUAAGAAUAUUAAAUCAAGGGCAUGCUGGAAAUAGAGGUGGAAAAUCAGGAAAUUUAUUUAUAACAAUAUUAAUUAGAGCUCAUCCUAAAUUUAAAUGGAUUGGUGAUGAUAUUCAUGUUGAUGUACCAUUAACAAUAAAACAAUGUCUUCUAGGGGAUGAAGUUAAAGUUCCUUCCUUAGAUAAUUUAGGGUAUAUUAAGAUGUCUAUAUUACCAGGUACUAAACCAGGUACACAGAAAAUUCUUAAAACUAAAGGCCCACCAAAAAUAAAUGGUGUAGGUUAUGGUGAUCUUAUAAUUAAUUUUAAAUUAGUAUUACCAAAUUUACCACUUUCUCAGAGACAGAUUGAAAUAAUACAAGAAUUUGAGGCGCUUUCAUGUAAGCGUGAUAAUGUGAAUAAUCAGGCGGAUAAAACGGUACUACAAAAUACUAAAGCAUAG